AUGUCUCUUCCUAAUCACCGCGAAGUACCUUCAGAAUUUAUUAAUGAAAUUGUGUAUUAUGCCUGUGUUGGGGGACAUAUAAAUGAAAUGGUUCCAUCUAUUUUAUUAUUUAGUUUUGGAGAUAGAACAGUUACUGUCUAUCCAGAAUCUUCUUUCUAUACACCAGACGGACCAACAUCAGAAGAAUUUUUCUUUUCUUCUUUUGAUUGUGCAUCAGUUGUUGAUAGUCAAGACAUAAAAAUGAUUAAAAUUGAAUUUUAUACAACAAGAAAUUUAUUUAUUCGAACAAAUAAUAUAAGUGAUCAUAAUGCGUUAUUGACAAUAUUUAGAACUAUCACAAGAAAUAUUCGGACUUUAUUCAGAAAAGAUUUUUUAGCUUUAGACUGGCAAGAAAAAAUUAAAACUUUUAAUUGUACUUUCAGAGGAAAAACUGAUCCUUUAGAAUUUACUAUUUAUAAUGGAAUUAUAACAAUUUCUUAUAAAAAAUCAAAAAUUCCUUGUAUUGUUAUUCCAAUGGAUUCUACUGUUACUAUUUCUCGUAGAAAUUCUUUACAUAUAACUUCUACUUUAAGAAAAGUAUUUCUUUCACUUUCUUUAGAUGAUUUAAAUGAAUCAAUUUCAUUAUUAGCAAAUUGUAGACAUAGAAUUGUUCCACCUCCUAAAAUUAUUACAGACACACAAGCUGGUAGAUUAUCAGAAUUAUUAAGUUAUGCACAACAAUUAGUAGAAGAAGAUGGGUUAUAUCCAGAAGAAUGUCUUGAACAUUUUGAUGAACUUUGUGAGGUUUUAAAAUACAUUGGAAAAAAGAAAUAUGCAACAAAACAACAAAAAAUAUUAGUGACUGAAAAAUUAAUAAAAAAAGAAAAAGAUGAAACAACUCCAGAAUUUAAAGAAGAUGAUUUAAUGCAAUAUGUUUCUCAAACUAAUCCUUUCGUAGAAGUAAGAAGACUUGAGUCAAUUGGUAAAGGUGGAUUUGGUGAAGUUUUUAGAGCACAAAGAAAAUCUGAUGGUACUGUUCUUGCACUAAAAAUAUUAAAACAUACAGUGAAAGAAAGGUAUUCAAAAUUAGGACAAGAAAUUGCACGAAUGGCAUUAUGGAAACAUGAGUUUUUAAUACAAAUUGAUAAAUGUUAUUUAUUUGACAAUAGGGUUUAUAUUACAAUGCCAUAUUGUAAUUGUGGAAGUAUUAAACAAGUAGUUAAAGAUAAAAGUCAUGUAUUUACAUUAUGUGAUGUUUCAUAUGUUAUUCAAUGUUUAUUAAUGGCACUUGAAUAUAUUCAUUCUCAAGGGUUUAUUCAUAGAGAUAUUAAACCUGCAAACAUAUUAAUGAUGGAUGAUGGAGGAGUGAAGUUAAUUGAUUUUGGACUAGUUGUACGUAAGUCAUUAAAUCCUCAUACUCGUUCUGGUUCAAAGCAAUAUAUGGCACCAGAAGUUGUAUUACAAAAAGUUUAUGAUGAAAAAGCAGAUAUUUGGAGUGUAGGAUGUGUUGCUCAAGAAUUAGCUGAAGGUAAAAGUCCAUAUCGAGAAGAUGGUAUUGUUAAAUUAUUAUUUAGAACUGUUACUAAUGGAGCUAUGGGUUUAAGAAGAAUUAAGUAUUGGGAUAAUAUAUUUGUAGACUUUGUAGAACAAUGUUUUAUUUAUAAUCCAGAAAAGAGGUGGUCUGCAACCCAACUUUUGAAACAUCCAUUUAUUGAGUGGGCACCAACAAGUUAUUUCUACAAAAAAUAUCAUCAUAUUGAGAAUAAUUAA